AUGCCGGCCACACCUUUAUUAAAAGGCCUGAGAGGGCUGCUAGGGCAGAUACCUCUUGAAUCAAUACAGCCAAACUCUGAUAGCCCUGUCACACCGGAGGAUUUAACAACCCUCACCUCUUACAAUCUACUUCCUAAGCGAAAGAGAACCAUCAUCGUCCCCGGCUGUCCUUCGGUCUGGGCGCCGGCGGCCGGACCGAAGAAAGUAAAGCCAGACGCAGGGAAAUACCUCAUGGAUCCAAUCCGUCACGCAUUCCCCAAAUGCCCACUUGAACCGCUUCUCAGAGCCCUGGCUACAACUCAACCCGAUUUCAAUAUGGAAGAAAUUGAUCUUGUUACGGAUAGGCGAAAUCUUCGACUACUCUUGGCAUUUGUUGGCGGCAAGAAGAGCGCGUUCCGCAUUGACAUCGAAGUUGUUCACUCCACGGUGUUGUUCUCGUGUUGGACCCCGAACAAUACCAGGUUCGUCAAGGGUUUUGGGGGAUAUGGCUGUGAAUUCGAGAAAGCAUCAACCCGGAAGCCUAAUGGUCUUAGAGAAAGUGUGACGCACAAUCGAGCCAUCCGCUACAAUUUUGGAGGCAUCAAGGCUGUUGUGCGGUUUGAAGUCGAUGCCUGCACAGGACCCAUAAGGGAUAUUCCCCGAACAAUGUCGCUGUCCAACAAGUAUCAAACACCUACAGGAUACACCGUGCUUACUCGAGGGUACAUUGUUGAACCGUCCCGAAUUGUCGAGAUUAAAACCGGUCCAGUGGGGAAGAACUUGGAAGUCUCAAAAAACAUAGCUCAGCUGUGGUUCUCGCAAACGCCCAUCUUAUGUGAGGGCCACUAUGAUAGGAUCGGGAUCUUUUCGGAGGUAACCAAGAAAGACUUAAUGCAGGAAGGAAAGCUGACAAGAUGGGAAGAGGACAACAGGGAGAAGCUGAGAAAGCUAGUCCAAGUAAUCCAGAUGGUUGCAGGGAUGGUGAGGGCCGCACCGCAGAAUAAAUAUGCGCUGGUUCUUCCCGCAGGAGCCAACACCCUGAAGGUAUAUGAGGUUGCGAACCAAUGUGAUAAGGGCGUUCCAAAGGACUUGUUGGCGAUGUGGAGGGUCUGA